GUCUCGAAUUUCGGCUCUAAAUUUACUCAUCCAUUUGGUUAAAUAUAGUUUUGACAUUGUAGCUUAUGCCAGUUCGUGAUGAAAACCAUAUAUCGGAUUCCUAAUACUAACCAUAAACUGUAAAUAUUAAUCCUUAUUCCUCACGCUGGUUUAUAAUCCUCAUUUAGCCGUAGUAUGUAGGUGGACUCCAUAGCGUCACUCAAAGGUCGUCUAUAAACCAAGCUCCAAAUUUCGGGGAAAAUUUGACCCAUUUUUGGGGAGCCGCUAUAGUGAACUUUGGGGAAAUGGCACAAAAACCCCGAAAUUUACCCAAACCUAGGGAAUUUCCUCAAUAUUUCCCCAAAGUUCCCCGUUAACCUUGGUCAAAGUCAUUUGACUUUGGAGAUUUCCCCAGAAUCCCCCAAACAUUGGUGAAGGUCAUUUGACUUCGGGAGUUUUCCCAAAAUUUAUAAAUCAUUGUCAUCGUGAAUGCACCGACAAUUCUCGAUCUUCUAAAUGAAUUGAGUGUCGGCGUAAGUUUGUUGGGGGUAUGUUUCAAUGUAGAAACAUAUUUAUAAAUGUGUUUUCUGUAGAGCAUUUUGCAUGUGCAAUGUUAUUUAAGAGCUUAUUUAGGUCAGUGCCUAGUUUGAGUAUAUGUAAUCGACAAAGCCACCAGACCUGAGAUGUCUUUCACUACAUAUGUACCUUUAAGUAUGUUAUCCGUCUACUCUUCUUUUGCUUUAGGUCGGAUGGCUCCUGUAAGAAAAACUAUCUCUUCUCGACAUCCUUCUGAUCGCUUUUCCAAGAAGCAUAUUCGUAACGAGGAUGGGUCAGUAUUGGUUGUAAGUAAGAAAAUGAAGAACAUAAUAAAACAAGACCUUAAAGCACAAUCCAUAACUAAUAUGCUAACUGACGAUCCUAAUUCCGAAGAUCAUUCGAACCCUUCUCACUCGUCUUUUAAACACGCCUUAGAUCCAUAUAUUGAAUGUAGUGAUAACAACAGUUUGAGUAAACCUUGCACUCGUUUAUCACCUAAUAAUACUAAUAUGCAUCGAAUUGUCAAAAAAGUUCCUCGUAAAAAGCGUCUCAAAUCUAAAUUGCAUUCUCAUUUUAAUCGCAAUCAAAAUUUAAAAUCAACCUUAUUUUCUAUGGAAAAAGAUAUAAAAGGAGAAUCUCGUGAAAAUCAACAAUCGAUAGUGCACUUUUCUACCGAUCAGUCAGCUUUCGUAAAGUCAAAUGGAAUGCGUAUUCAAAAGUCAAAAUUGAAAUCCCCACAAAACCAACAAUCAAACGUUGGCGAUAAUUAUAUUGAAGAAAAAAGGCCAUCAUCAAUAGAUAUUGUCAAUUCCUUUCGCAGCUUACUACAACAAUUUUAA